UCAUGAUUUGGACUUUUUUAAUCCGACGACGCAUGCCCUCGCCCCAAUAUCAUGUAUAAAUUAAUAAACCACAUCAAAUCAAACACAUACAAGUUUCCUCUUAAUUAAUUUUGCCGCUAUAUGUAUACGCGUCCCUAAUCCCAAAAUAACUAACGACAUCACCAUGUUUCCGUUAUUCGGUUACUACUACCACCACUAUUCGUCGUCCUCUUGGUUCAUCUUGAUGUUCCUCCUGAUUAGUUUGUUACUUCCUUGCUCUCCAGUCAGGCUCAUCCCGCCGUCCGACCAAAUCCCAUAUUCCCAAUCAGUCAUAACUACCUCCGACGACCCCCCCAGAAACGCCACGUGGCACGACUUCACGAGGUUCCUAGACGCCGUCAAGGGCAGCCACGUCUCCGGCAUGUCCAACCUGAAGGAGUACUUCCGCCGCUUCGGCUAUCUCUCCCUCUCCGACACCAAUUUCACGGAUAAUUUCGACAACCAAUUCGAAUCCGCUGUCCUCCUUUACCAAACCAAUCUCGGUUUACCGGUCACCGGAAAGCUCGACUCCGAUACUAUAACCGCAAUCAUGUCGCCAAGGUGCGGCCUAAGCGACGAUCACAUGGCGGCGGCGAGUGCUGAUCACGGCCGGCUGCACGGCACGCGCCACUACGCCUACUUCUACGGUCGGCCGAGGUGGCAGCGCGCUUCGCCGAUGACGCUCUCCUACGCCUUCUCUCCGAAUAACGUCGUCAAGUACCUGAGCCUAACGGACAUCCGCUCCGUGUUCAGACGCUCCUUCUCGAGAUGGUCGGCGGUGAUCCCCGUUAACUUCAGGGAGACGGAGGAGUAUUCCUCGGCGAACAUAAAGAUAGGGUUCUACAGGGGGGAUCACGGGGACGGAGAGCCGUUCGACGGGGUGUUGGGAGUGCUGGCCCACGCUUUCUCGCCGGAGAACGGGCGGUUCCACCUGGACGCGGCGGAGUCGUGGGCGGUUGAUUUAGAAUCGGAAAAGUCAAAAGCAGCCAUUGACUUGGAGUCGGUGGCGACGCACGAGAUUGGGCACGUACUUGGGCUGGGUCAUUCGUCCGUAAAAGAAGCGGUGAUGUAUCCAAGUUUGAGUCCGAGGACUAAGAAGGUUGACCUCAAGAUUGACGACGUUCGAGGUGUUCAAUCCCUGUACGGCUCCAACCCUAACUUCAAGAUCAGCUCUUUGUUCCAUCGGUCUUCUCAGAAUUCUAAUUACAACAACCAAUCCUUUUCUCCUACUACCAAGCCUAUGAUCCCCAUUUGGAUCAAUAUUUGUUUUUCCUUUUUCCUUUUUCAUAUGUUUUUCUACCCACUCCACUCCUACUAAUUAGUAUACUAUUAUUUAUUUUUGUUU